GGCCUGAGGCGGGGACCCGGAGGCGGCGAGCGGACCGGACCCCUGGCUUUCUCCGCGCUUCAGAGGGGGUGUGAAGAGGGGAGGGUCGGCUGCGGGAGGCGUGUGCCGUCCGCGACCCGCGACGAUCCCAUCGGAGACAGUCGCGGCAGCGUGCCGAGCGGCGCCCGCUUCCCGCCCGGGCAGCUCCCGCCGGAGGGUUUGAGAAGCGGCGGCCGGAGUGGCGGUGCUUUUGUGUCCCCGGGUCGAGGUUAGCUCCGGUGAAGGCCAGAGGCAACCCUGUGGGGUCUGCCCGCCGAGGGGACCACCCCCUCGCCGCCGCCGCCGCCGCCGCUCGGAAGUCCCCGGCAUCCCCCUGCGCCCCGAGCGGCCGAUACCCAGGUGAGGCACCUGAGGUAUCAGGACCUGCCCGGGGCGCGGGGUCGCUGCAUGCCCGGGCUGCUCUAGGGCGAUCGGUGAUCAGCUCCUGACCCUCCCGGGGCUGCCCCAAGGCGAUCGGUGAUCAGCUCCUGACCCUCCCGGGGCUGCUCUUCCCAGCACAACCUCGGUGCAAAGGCUUGGCUAUCUCGACACUUGGCCUGUAGCUCAUGCUUGACAGUGAAGAGAGAAAAAGGACUGAGGGACAAUGGAUGCAAAGGCCCGGAAUUGUUUGCUUCAACAUAGAGAAGCUCUGGAAAAGGACAUCAAGACGUCCUACAUCAUGGACCACAUGAUCAGUGACAGCGUUUUAACAAUAGUCGAGGAGGAAAAGGUGAAAAGUCAGACCACUCAAUAUCAGCGAGCGGCUGCUUUAAUUACGACGAUACUUAAUAAAGACAACGGUGCCUACAUUUCAUUCUACAAUGCUCUGCUCCACGAGGGAUACAAAGACCUUGCUGCCCUUCUUCACUGUGGCCUUCCUCUCGUGUCUUCUUCCAGUGGCAAAGACACGGAUGGCGGGAUUACUUCAUUCGUCAGGACUGUGCUGUGUGAAGGUGGAGUACCACAGAGGCCAGUUAUUUUUGUUACUAGAAAGAAGCUGGUAAAUGCGAUUCAGCAGAAGCUCUGGAAAUUGAAUGGUGAUCCAGGGUGGGUCACCAUAUAUGGAAUGGCAGGCUGUGGGAAGUCUGUGUUAGCUGCGGAAGCUGUUCGAGAUCAUUCCCUCUUAGAAGGUUGUUUCCCGGGGGGUGUACACUGGGUUUCAGUUGGAAAACAAGACAAAUCUGGACUUCUGAUGAAACUGCAGAAUCUUUGCACACGGUUGGAUCAGGAGGAGAGUUUCUCUCAGAGGCUUCCGCUGAAUAUCGAGGAGGCUAAAGACCGUCUUCGUGUUCUGAUGCUGCGCAAACACCCCAGGUCUCUGUUGAUCCUGGAUGAUAUUUGGGAUCCUUGGGUGUUAAAAGCUUUUGACAACCAGUGUCGUAUUCUUCUUACAACCAGAGACAAGAGUGUUACAGAUUCAGUAAUGGGUCCUAAGUAUGUUGUGUCUGUGGAGAGUGGCCUAGGGAAAGAGAAGGGACUUGAAAUCUUGUCACUUUUUGUUAACAUGAAGAAAGAAGAUUUGCCAGUAGAGGCUCACAGUAUUAUAAAAGAAUGCAAAGGUUCUCCUCUUGUAGUGUCUUUAAUUGGUGCACUUUUACGUGAUUUUCCCAAUCGCUGGGCGUACUACCUCAGACAACUUCAGAAUAAGCAGUUUAAGAGAAUACGCAAAUCCUCCUUUUAUGAUUAUGAGGCUCUGGAUGAAGCCAUGUCUAUAAGUGUUGACAUGCUCAGAGAAGAUAUCAAAGAUUAUUACACAGAUCUUUCCAUCCUCCAGAAGGACGUCAAGGUCCCUACAAAGGUGUUAUGUAUUCUCUGGGACUUGGAAACUGAAGAAGUUGAAGAUAUAUUGCAGGAGUUUGUUAAUAAGUCUCUCUUAUUCUGUGAUCGGAAUGGAAAGUCAUUUUGUUAUUAUUUACAUGAUCUUCAAAUAGAUUUUCUGACAGAGAAGAAUCGAAGUCAGCUCCAGGAUCUGCACAGGAAGAUGGUCACUCAGUUUCAGAGGUAUUACCAGCCCAACACUCUGUCUCCAGAUCAGGAGGACUGCAUGUAUUGGUACAACUUCCUAGCCUAUCACAUGGCCAGUGCCAAUAUGCACAAAGAACUUUGUGCUUUAUUGUUUUCCCUGGAUUGGAUUAAAGCAAAAACGGAACUUGUCGGCCCCGCCCACCUGAUCCAUGAGUUUGUGGAAUACAGUCAUAUAUUGGAUGAAAAGGACUGUGCAGUCUGUGAGAAUUUUCAAGAGUUUUUAUCCUUAAAUGGACACCUUCUUGGACGGCAGCCAUUUCCUAAUAUUGUACAGCUGGGCCUCUGUGAACCGGAAACUUCGGAAGUUUAUCAACAAGCAAAGCUACAGGCCAAGCAGGAGGUGGACAGUGGAAGGCUUUACCUGGAGUGGGUAAACAAGAAAACUGUCAAGAACCUCUCGCGCUUAGUUGUCCGCCCCCACACAGAUGCUGUUUACCAUGCAUGCUUUUCUCAGGAUGGCCAGAGAGUAGCUUCUUGUGGAGCUGAUAGAACCGUACAGGUGUUCAAAGCUGAGACAGGAGAGAAACUUCUGGAAAUCAAAGCUCAUGAAGAUGAAGUACUUUGCUGUGCGUUCUCCUCAGAUGACAGUUACAUAGCAACCUGCUCAGUGGAUAGAAAAGUUAAGAUCUGGGAUUCUGCGACUGGGAAGCUAGUGCACACCUAUGAUGAGCACUCAGAGCAAGUCAACUGCUGCCAUUUCACCAACAAAAGUAACCAGCUUCUCUUGGCCACUGGCUCAAAUGACUUCUUCCUCAAACUCUGGGAUUUAAAUCAAAAAGAAUGCCGAAACACCAUGUUUGGUCACACAAACUCAGUCAACCACUGCAGGUUUUCCCCAGAUGAUGAGCUCCUGGCUAGUUGCUCGGCUGAUGGAACAUUAAAGCUUUGGGAUGUGAGAUCAGCAAAUGAGACGAAAAGCAUCAAUGUGAAGCAGUUCUUCCUGAGUUCAGAAGACCCUCAAGAGGAUGUGGAAGUGAUAGUGAAAUGUUGCUCCUGGUCCGCAGAUGGUACUGAAAUAAUAGUGGCAGCAAAAAACAAAAUCCUCCUUUUUGAUAUUCACACUAGUGGCCUGUUGGCAGAGAUCCAUACAGGUCACCACAGCACCAUCCAAUACUGUGACUUCUCCCCCUAUGACCGUUUGGCAGUGGUUGCUCUGUCCCAGUACUGUGUGGAGUUGUGGAAUAUAGAUUCACAUUUAAAGGUAGCUGACUGCAGAGGACAUUUAAGUUGGGUUCAUGGUGUGAUGUUUUCUCCUGAUGGGUCAUCAUUUUUGACAGCUUCUGAUGACCAGACAAUACGGGUCUGGGAGACCAAGAAGGUGUGCAAGAACUCUGCCGUAGUGUUAAAGCAGGAAAUAGAUGUUGUGUUUCAAGAAAAUGAAGCCAUGGUCCUCGCAGUUGACAACAUAAGAGGCCUACAACUCAUUGCUGGAAAAACGGGCCAGAUUGAUUACCUGCCGGAAGCUCAAGUGAGUUGCUGCUGCCUAAGCCCCCAUCUUGAGUAUGUUGCGUUUGGAGAUGAAGAUGGAGCCAUUAAGGUUAUAGAACUUCCAAACAACAGAGUUUUCAGUUCUAGGACUGGGCACAAGAAAGCUGUGCGGCACAUCCAGUUCACAGCUGAUGGGAAGACCCUGAUUUCAAGUUCUGAGGAUUCUGUGAUUCAGGUAUGGAAUUGGCAGUCAGAGGACUAUAUCUUUUUGCAAGCUCAUCAGGAAACAGUGAAGGACUUCAGGCUCCUGAAAAAUUCAAGAUUGCUUUCUUGGUCCUUUGAUGGAACAGUGAAGGUAUGGAAUAUCAUUACUGGAAGAAUAGAAAAAGACUUUAUUUGCCAUCAGGGUACAGUACUUUCUUGUGAUAUUUCUUCGGAUGCUACCAAGUUUUCAUCUACCUCUGCUGAUAAGACUGCAAAGAUCUGGAGUUUUGAACUGCUUUCCCCACUUCAUGAGUUGAAGGGUCAUACUGGCUGUGUCCGCUGCUCUGCCUUCUCUCUGGAUGGCAUCCUGUUGGCAACCGGAGACGACAAUGGAGAAAUCAGGAUAUGGAAUGUCUCAAAUGGCCAGCUUCUUCAUUUGUGUGCUCCGCUUUCAGUAGAAGAAGGAACUGCUACCCACGGAGGCUGGGUGACUGAUCUGUGCUUCUCUCCCGACAGCAGAAUGCUUGUCUCUGCUGGAGGAUAUCUUAAGUGGUGGAAUGUUGUCACUGGGGAAUCCUCACAGACCUUCUACACAAAUGGAACAAACCUCAAGAAAAUACAUGUGUCCCCUGACUUCCGGACAUACGUGACUGUUGAUAAUCUUGGUAUUUUAUAUAUUUUACAGGUUUUAGAGUAAAAUGGCUAGGCAUUAAUGUAGUUCAGCUCCUUAAUUUUGAAUUGGAAAAAAUUGAAACUCUGUCCAUCAACGUUUUAUAAUGCUGUGAAUUGUAUUGUAGUAUUGCAUUCAUUACAAAAGUGUUCAUGGCUGGAUGAAUAAUGUUAGUAUAGCCGUCUCCACAAAUGAACACACUUUUACUCUGGUCAUCAUUUUUUCAGUAAUUAUCAUCGUUAUUAACAGUUUGUUCCUAACAAGCAAAGGAAAUGUAAAUAUGUACCUUGUUACACUAUUGUUAAACUUCUUCCUUGAUGCAUUCAAAUUGGUUGGUGUAAUUAAUGAGAACCAUUUGAAGGAAUUCUAUGUGUUGAUGCUAUCAUUCAUUAUGCAGGCUGUGCUGCAAGGUAAUGGUGGUCGGUUUGCUGAGCCACACUUACCCCCGGGGGGUAUGGUUUUCCAAAUACAAUCAUGUUGCUUAUUUGCACUCUUUAAAUUUGCUUUAAACUAUUGUGUCUUUGUGCACAGUCUGCAACAUUUCUUUUGAUAACUCAGUGAGUGUUGUAUUUCAACAGUUCUUUCUAUGAGCUAAAGUCUUCCGUUAGAGAGAUUUCUCUCUGUAGCCGAUGACAGCCCUGUGUGUGGCUGGCCUCUGGUUGUCAGUGUCUGAAUUGGGCACCACCCUGCACUCUCCCAGUUUUGUUUUUUGUUUUUUAAAGACAGGGUUUCUCUGUGUAACAGUCCUGACUGAACUCACUAUGAGACCAGGCUGGCUUCACAGAGAUCCGCCUGCUUCUGCCUCCUGAGUGCUGGGACUAAAGGUGUGCACUACCAUGCCCGCCCUCUCUGUUUUUUACUUAUUGCUUGACUAAGCUUAACCCUCUGUUCCAUAGUUAGCUGUUAGUAUGUCAAUGAAAUGUGAAAUAGUAAAACAUUUAAUCUGUUCAAUCCUUUAAUCUGUUUACUUCUGGAUAAAUGUCAUUUAUCAGUGCCAUUCUCUUUAUGACUUUCAAGAGAAUUGUUUAUGGUUUCUGUGCAGUUCCACAGAAAUCCCCAAGAUCCAGGAAGAUGAUGGCUUCCUCCUUCCCCUCGCUUCCUGUUUCCUGUAUCUCCCCCAAAAGCCAACACCGUUUUUCCCUGGGAAAUGCGAACUCACACAGUGAUUCUAUCUAUCACACAGGCUCCUGUGGUCCUCUUGUAUCAGACUCCUAAGUAGCUGGGAGAGAUGGUUUUUGAUGCAGAAAAAACUUUGCAACGUCAGUGACUAAUUUGGUUUUUAAUCUCCUUUUAGGAUCUUUAGUUGAAGCUUAAAUUUGAUAGCUUUCCUCAGAAAUAUUAAGGACAAUAGAGAUAAAUUAGUAAUAGAUGUAGUUUUUGUUUUUGUUUUUCCAAGACAAGAUUUCUCUAUGUAGCUCUGGCUGUUCUGUAACUUGCUCUGUAGACCAAGCUGGCCUUGAACUCACAGAGAUCCACCUGCCUCUGCCUCCCUAGUACCAGGAUUAAAGUCAUGUGCCACCACUGCCCAGCAGUAAUAGCUGUAGUUUCCAUAUAAAACAAAAACUCCAAUAGCUUCAUUUUGCAAUAGGAAUUAAUGAGUACUAACAUGAACAGUAGUCAAUGAAUCUGUCUCUGUUGUCAGUACGUGCUACUAGCUGGGGUGUGGGCAGAGGGAAUCAACCACUUGUGUGUUUUAGUUUUAGUUCUGUGUGGUGCUGAAGAUUGAAACCGGGGCCUUGAACGUGCCAGACAAGCACUCCAGCCCGUGGAUGGGUUUUAGAUUAGAUAUGCCCACAUGGCAUUUGCAGGAACUGUGACUAGAGUGAACAAAAUCUUGUACAGAAUUAAGGAAGUUGCUCUUUUUUUUAAUCUUUUUUGGUUGGUAGGUUGAGGAACUAGUUUACACACUUACUGUGAUUUAAGCAGAUGUGAUAAGUGAAAAAAAAUCUUAAUUUUAUAAAAAUAAAUACCUGAACAGUACGUCUUACUUAGAACUUGCUGCAAAAGAAUCAGACUUUGCUCUUCAGAGAACGUUAGUGGCUUAUCUGUUCUGUAGCUGGGUUAUUGAAGUGAACUAGUGAACAGCAGUUUUUAAGAAGUCUUUGUCUUUGAAGAGGAAAGUGGAGAGGAAGACACAGUAGCACACGGAAGGAGACAGCUUAUAUCGCAGCCUCAGGCCUGGCCGAGAAGGCUCGGCCUGUAGCCUGCGGAUGCGCACUACGAGCCCUUUCCUCGCUGUGCUUUCUAUGUGAGAAAUGACGUUGGACUUUGUAUAUGUGAAGAUGGUUUGUACCAUGGGUUUUAUGUGCUUUGGAGGCUUUUUGUACUUACAAUUUAUAUGUGUUAUUAAUUUUUUUGCCUUGGAAUACUGUUUAAACAUGAAUUUUAAAAACAAAAAUAAAAUUUCUGAAAUUUUCUGAAAAACA